AUGGCGUCGACGAACAGGACGCCGUACCGCGCCGAGCACACGCCCGACCAUACGGAUUUUCCCCCGGACAGGGACACCGCUUUCUCGUCUAUCCACACGGUUAGCCCGAGCCGUUCGUUGCCGAGACACCCUCUUACGGGGGGAUCGUCUCCAAGCGGCGACGACGACGGUCAUUACCCGCCCCCUCAAUACCAGAGCCACUUGCAAGAAACCGCAUGGCGCAUAUGGACGCGCGGCGCGCGCGAGGUUGCCGCGAGCAACACCGGCCUCCUGCUCGUCGGGGCCGCCCAAUUCUUCUUUGCGUUGAUGAAUGUUUGGGUCAAGAAACUCAACACGUUGGCUGCAGUGCCUGCAUUGGAGUUGAUUUGUGUCCGCAUGGGUAUCACUUGGGUAUGCUGCGUGGCUUACAUGACCAUCACCAAGGUCCCGGACCCAAUCAUGGGCCCCAAAGAGGUGCGCCUCCUCCUCGUCCUGCGGGGAUGCUUCGGCUUCGUUGGCAUCUUCAGCCUGUACUACUCGCUGCAGUACCUCUCGCUCUCCGACGCGACGGUCCUGCAGUUCCUCGCGCCAAUCUUUACUGCGAUUUCUGGCGCCGUCCUCCUGCGCGAGCCGCUCUCCUGGCGCGAGGCCGCUGCGGGCAUCGCCAGCUUAGUGGGUGUUGCCCUCAUCGCGCGCCCAGAAAUCCUUUUCGGCAGGCAAGAGGACAUUACAUUACCAGGAGUUGAGCCGGAGGGGUUUAUCGCGGAUGAGGAUGUCGUAGCGCCGGCGCAGCGUCUUCUCGCAGUGUGCUCCGAUCGUCCCAGUGUCGCGUUGAUAGGCACCUUAGGUGCCACCGGAGCCUACACGACCAUCCGUGCGAUCGGCAAGCGCGCGUACCCGCUGCACAACCUCGUCUCGUACUCGACGCAGUGCGUCGUCGUCACCACCAUCGCGAUGCUCGCGCUGCGCAUCCCCGUGGUGCUGCCGACGCAGUGGGAGUGGCUUGCGAUGCUCCUGCUCAUCGGCGUGUUCGGCUUCACCGCGCAGUUCCUGUUGACGGCGGGCUUGCAGCGCGAGACGGCGGGGCGCGGCACGAUGGCGAUUUAUGCCCAGAUCGUGUUCGCCGCGAUCGACGAAUUCGUGUUCUUCCACACGACGCCGUCGCUGCUGUCGGUCGUUGGGACGGUCAUCAUCCUCGCGUCCGCCGGCUACGUCGCAGUGGGUCCCCAUUUUUGA